AUGAACAUUAGAGCCCUGGAGACACUAGCUGAAAUCUAUAAAGCGCAGCGGAAUAAUAAUAAUCGUCCAGCUGUAAUACCCUUCCGUUGCCUAGCUCCCAUGCUACCUGAAGGAAGUACGAGGGCUGAGAUACUGCCAGGUUGCCCAAGCCUAGACAGGGGGGAGUCGAGAGGCAGAGGUCGGGUUCGAACCAAGGACCUUCCGUGCGCUGUUGGUUGGGUGUCUCCUCGAAUGGUGACGAAACGUUUGCAAAGCAAUCGCCACGCUCGUCGGACAGAUCAACAGCCACCUGAUCAAUUUCCAACUAAUACACCCAAGCUACCAAUAUUCCAACACAUUACUAACCUGACAAUGUCUUCAUCCUGUUGCAUCCUUCGGGUGGCAUGGCACCUAGGCACCGGAAAACAAUUACGACUGAACGAUUAUUAG